AUGCUUCAUGCUGCCACUGCUAUUCUAGUUUUUACCUGGACCAUAAAUGGCCUUGUUCCCCACGCGAACAAUCUCUCCACCACCAGAAGAAGAAUAACGACCACCAUAAGAACAAGUCCAACCUGCUCCACCACCUCUUCAACAUCAACCAGUCUGUAUGGAGGCUACGAUGCGACAAUUGGUGCCGACCCCAAUACUCCCAUUCAAGUUUACUGUUCCGAAGAAAAGACUCCAUCCGAUCUCUGUACCUUUGUUUGUUUGGCCGAACUCGAUCUGAAGUAUGAAAUUAUGUCAGAACUGCCAAACCCUGUCCCCGAUUGGUUCCUGCGGAUUCAUCCAGAUGGCACCACACCUGCUUUGAGAAACCCAGUGGACAAACGUUUGAACAAUGAUAUUGUAUGCAAUACGGCGAGUGAAACAGACAAGGUGAACCAAUAUCUUUGCAAGGUGUAUCAAGGAGCCACAAACAAGGAGGAAGAAGAUCCCACCUCCUCAUCUUGCCCCCUCCUUCCUAGCAACGACGAAGGCAUGACUACAAUGGAAUCGAUUCAGCGUCAAAUUGAUGAAACGAUCCUACCCGCGUGUGUAUCAUUUUUAGAGAAUGACGAUAUCAACAAUGAGGCCAAGUACCAAGCGGCAGCAGAGAACGCUUUGCGAUUACUCUUUCAAAGUCAAACGACGGCUGGACACCCUUUCUUGAUAGGAAGUAACUUGACGCUGGUGGACAUUUAUCUCUUUACGCACUUGAAAUCCAUCUUUCUAGAGUUGAAUAGAUCGAAAAAGUACAUACUGCCAUCUAGUACCAUGGGGAGCAUGAAAUCCUGGCACGAUGCAUGUGCAUCCAGGCCGGCCUUUCGAGAAGUUUUAUCGAAACAGGAAUAG